AUACAGCACACUGAAAGCUAUCGUGGCAAUGUCCUUGUUCCCCUCAGCAUUCGAAUCAGGAGUAUCCAAAAUUUCUCCCACACUCGCUUCAGCAGGCAAGGGAGGCAAAAAGACCAACAAGCGCAAGCAUUCAGACGCGAACGCCGGUUUAGGGCAGGCCCAGCAAGUAAAGCAGGCUGAUGCCAACUUUGAGAAACUCAUGAGAAAGUUUGAGGGAGGAGAGGCGAUUGGAAAGGAAGAAGGAAAAGAAAGCAUGGGCGUAGUCGGGAAGAAAAGGAAUAAGAAAAACAAGAGCAGACAGGUCAACGACGAGGAGAUAGUGCACAGCACACCCAGAGCAAAAGGCGACAAGCCCAAGCCCAAGCCCACGCCCAAGUCGGACCAAGCCAAGCUGAACCAAGCCGCAAAACAGAAUCAGACAGAUACACCUCCCUCCAAGAAAUCAAAGGCUAACAAGAUCACUCCGGGCUUCAAACUGGAGCCUGUCCAGCUGCCCAUCCCGAUACCUCCUCCAUCAAAGGGCACCAAGCUCAAGGUCGGUGGGGAGGGAAACCUUACGGAGAUGCAAAAGGAUAUGCAGGCCAAGCUGGAAGGCGCCAGGUUCAGAUGGAUCAACGAACAACUGUACUCAACGCCUUCCACUGAAGCUUUGGCAAUGAUGAGAAAAGAUCCCAAGAUAUUUGCCGAUUACCACCAGACACAUCGUCUUCUCACUUCAGCCUGGCCCUCCCCUCCUCUCCCUCACAUGAUCAACCUCCUCUCUUCUCUUCCGUCUGGCACUGUCAUUGCCGAUUUAGGCUGUGGUGAUGCUGGCUUGGCACGAGCUCUUGUACCUCAAGGGAAAAUUGUAAUGAGUUUUGACUUGGUGGGGGACAAUGGCGUUCUUGGAGCUGAGACAACAGAAAGCAAUGCGGCCGGCGGAUGGGUAGUUGAAGCAGAUUUUUUGGAAAAGGUUCCUUUGCCUGGCCGACCUGGUGGAUUGGACUACGGUGUUUCUGCUACUGAGGAGAGCGAAGGAAAGGGGAAGAGGAAGAACAAGAAGAAGGGUAGCAGGAAGAGGGAUGUGGCAUCAUCUGAGAUCGUGGAUGCCGUAGUUUGUUGCCUGAGUUUGAUGGGGACCAACUGGGUUGGAGGCAUCAGCGAGGCCUGUAGGAUUCUGAAGCAGGGAGGUACUUUCCAUGUGGCUGAAGUGACCUCUCGGUUCACUUCCACAGAAGCUUUUGUUUCCACCGUUGAAUCGUUUGGUUUCGAGCUUGAGGAGGAGUCUCAGCCAUCGACACACUUUACUCUUUUCCGUUUCACAAAGAACUCUGAAGUCCCUCUGGGACCUGUCAAAGGUCAGGAAGGAUGGGAGGAAAGGGUACGCAAGGGGGAAGAAAUCUUGAGAGCUUGUGUUUACAAGAAGCGGUAGGCACUUGUGUAAACUCCCAUAUGGUUCAAUUUAUUAUGUAAGCCCUGUCCUAGGCAGACCAACUGUACAUAGAUAGAGAUGCAGAUAUAAAAUGGAUAGGC